UGUAUAACAUAUUAAAUAAUUUGUUUUAAAAGUAGUCCAUUCAUUUCAUCAACAUGAAUCUAUACAACACUAAAUAGUGUGUAAAUAUGCCACGUCAUAUAACGAACGCUUUAUCUUCUUUCAAGAUAAUAUAUUAUGAAGCAUUAAAGUAACAUUCAUUUACGUUACUAGUUACUAGUUACGUUACUAGUCUGACAGUCUGACGCGAAAUCAAGAUUCGUUAUGUCUACCAAAAGCAUACCAUACUUUUUAUCAGGGUCGGUAGUCAGGGGGUUUGGCAGAGGUUCCAAAGCCUUGGGGAUACCUACAGCAAAUCUUGAAGACAAGGUAGUAAAUAAUUUACCUGGUGAUCUUAGUACUGGAAUUUAUUAUGGAUGGGCUUCUAUAGACGGACAAACUUAUAAAAUGGUUGCCAGUAUUGGAUGGAAUCCGUUUUAUAAAAACGAAAAAAAGACGGUGGAAAUACAUUUAAUGCAUAAAUUUGAGAACGAUUUUUAUGGGAAACAAAUUAAAGCUGUUUUUACGGGAUAUGUACGACCAGAAAAAGAUUUUACUUCUGAAGAGGAAUUAAUUCGAGCGAUAAAAGAUGAUAUUACAAUUGCCGAAGAACAAUUACAGAAAUCAGAUAUGGCGGUUUAUAAAGAUAAUUCAUUCUUUAAAGAAUAAUCUGACUAUAUAAGAGUACUAUAAUCAUAAUUUGCACUGCAAAUGAUAUGAUCAUGUUAUGGCAAUAUUUCCUUACUAUAUACGGAAAUAAUAUUAACUCAUACUUUGCCAUA